AUGGCCGACAUCCCUCAGCUCGUCAGGAUCGGGAUUUCCCUGAAGAUGCUCCCGAACAACACGGCGGUCCACUUCAAGUCCGACGGAGCUCGGUUCGGACAGACCCGGACCAUCAAGCUGCUCACCGGCUCCAAGUACAGGACCGAGGUGGUGGUCAGACCGGGGGCGGUGGAAGCCAUGUCGAUGACUAUCGGCGCGGUGACCUUCCCCCUGGAGCAGCAGUCUAAAGACCCACAGUCAGUGGUCUAUUCAGGCCAGUACGACACAGAAGGAGUGGCUCACACCAAGAGUGGAGAGAGGCAGCCGGUUCAGAUCAACAUACAGUUCACAGAGGCCGGGUUGUUUGAGACGACGUGGCAGGUGAAGUACUACAACUACAACAAGAGGGACCACUGCCAGUGGGGAAACAGCUUCAACAGCAUCGAGUACGAGUGCAAACCCAACGACACGCGCACGCUCAUGUGGGUCAACAAGGAGAUGUUUGUCUGA